AUGGCUGACGAAAAGAGACUGGAGGAUCUGAGAUCCAAAAUUAUGGAGUCUAUAGGAAAAUCAGACAGGGAUCUUGUGCCGAUUGAGAACAAAAGACACAUCACGGAUAAUGCAGUUAUGGACGCACACGUUAAGAGGCAAAAAAAUGACAGUGAGCUUCCGAAAGCACCCAAAAGUAGAGAUGCCCCACAUUCCCAUAUUAGAGGAAUAUCAUCAUCAACUACUAUGAGCGCGAAUCGGACAACCUAUGAACAAACAAGGGCAGGUCCUUAUCGUCGAGGUUAUAGAGAUGCAUCGGGAAGAUCAUAUAAUAGAGAAAAUAGGUUCAAUAGUCAUACCGCGGGACCUCAAUGGAGCAACAAUUCUUAUGGCAGGCAAAGGGAUGAAAGAAGAGGAAGAAAUGAGAGGUCGGAUAGAAGAGGAAGGAAUGGAAAUGGAAACUAUGAUCAUUCCAAUUACCAAAGGAAAAACGAGGCUUCUAAUUUCAAUGGUGACCGUGAUAAAAGGCAGUUGCAAACCAAUAAACACGAUAUGAACUAUAAUUCUCAAAAUGUAAUGUACCCGGGUUCAUCAUUUGAUUCUCCGGCUUACUAUAACAUGGCCUCAUCCAAGGCAAAUUCAAGGCUUGUAAUUUCGGGCUUAUCUCAUAGCAGCAACCCCAAAAUUGUAGCCAACUUGAAAGAUUUGCUUGAAAAUUUUGUUUUAGGCCUUCAGGAAACUGAAAGUAAUGCGGAGGACUUUAAAAUUGCAAACUAUUUUAUUGGUGAAGGGAGGCCGGACCAUAUUAUUGUUGAGUUUAGUUCCCAAAUUUGUAGUACUAUGGUUUUGGCCUGCCGAUCAUUCUUUAGCAUGAAGCUUGGUACUACCGAUUUGAAAUGGGGAAGGCCUAAUGAUUAUAUUCAACAGCUUGACCAUUUGGUCGGAUUUUGCCGAGGUACAGUGAUUGCUUUAGAAGAGUCGGAAAAUAUGGGUGAAGGUGGAGAAGGUAAAAUGGAAGAGUUUCUUUCAUCGUUUAACGUGAAAAAGGGUACUGCUAAGCCACUCUUUUACAAAAGUUCAUCCAGUGCAAAUAAUACUGGGAAAGAUUUCGAAUUCACAAAAUGUGCUCUGAUAUUGUUUGAGGUGGUCACUCAGGAUGUUCUUGAUAAAUUAAAACCAUAUAAGUGGUUCAAACCAAAUGAUGGCAAGACAUCACAAGUUACUUCAUGGAUUACGUUUCAAAGCCUACCAAAUCUUGUUACCCAAUCUGUUCGUGUUGAAUCGAGAGUUUUGUUGCUCUUGAAUUGCCUUGAUCCAUUGGAUUUAAAAGAUGAGACCUUUAUCACAGAAAUUAAAGAAACAUUAAAGUAUAGUAUUACGGGAAUAGACACGAUUAAAAUAUGCCAACCUGGGGUCGAUUACAGACUUAAUUUUGAAAACCUGGCUUCCGGAGCCGGUAAUAUUUAUGUUAAAUUCAAGACUUUGGAGGCGGCAAAACACGCGAUGGAGGAACUGCCGGGUACGCAAUUCAACGAUCGCACCGUUCUAUGCACUUAUAUAGACGAGGAUGACUUUGACAUGUUGGAAGUAACUUUACUCUCAUAA